AUGAAAUUUUCGGAAGAUAAAAGUCGAAAUUUUGGAUUAUUCUGGAGGGAGCCAGGAUAUUCUCAAUUUUCUGGUACGUCCACUGGGCACUACAAAAAAGAAGCGGCUGAGAAAGAGGAAGGAACUGUAUCAGCAAGUAUUUCACUUUUUGCUUGCAGAAAAAUCGGAAAAAUGAAAUUUUCGGAAGAUAAAAGUCGAAAUUUUGGAUUAUUCUGGAGGGAGCCAGGAUAUUCUCAAUUUUCUGGUACGUCCACUGGGCACUACAAAAAAGAAGCGGCUGAGAAAGAGGAAGGAAGAAAAACUGGAAUGACGGAAGUGUCAAAUUCGUGGAUUUCGAGAAAAUUUCAAAUCGAUAACUUGUGUCAGAGUUUCUUUGCAACAACAUCAACAUCAUCUUCUGCUUCUCAUGGGUGUUGUCAUCCAGAAUUGCGAAAAUAG